GCACCCACGGAGCUAAGAACAGAGCGAGCCAUGGAGCAGAGCAUGCCGUCCGUCUUCCUCGGCGUCCUCGUCCUCCUGGCCUGCCCCGGGUGGGGGCACGGCGUGCGUGUCCUCCACGACAACGACGUCGACGCCGAGGGGUACGCCCAGGAGUUCGCCUUCGGCUCCAUGGCCGCCGCGGAGACCGCGCCGCAGGACGCGUCCUUGGACGACUACGAGGACGAGAUCAGCCGGGUGGAGUUCGAGCCGGGGCGCGGCGCGUCCUACGACGCCACAGUCGCCGCAGCCGCGCCCGGGCCUGCCCCGGGACCGGCGACGGCGGGGAGGGACGAUGUGAGUUCCGGCACCAGCAGCAUGAAGUGGUGGCUGCCGCCGUCGACGAUGCCGUCGUUCCCGCUGUUCCCGAACCCCGGCGGCAUGCCCGGGAUGCCGAUUCCUGCCAUGCCCGUGCCUUUGCCCGCCCUCCCCGGGAUGCCCGCCAUGCCCAUGCCGGGGGGCAUGCCAGGCGGCGGCAUGCCUAUGCCUAUGCCAGGAGGCAUCCCCGGCGGCGGCAUGCCUAUGCCUAUGCCGGGAGGCAUCCCAGGCGGCGGCAUGCCGUUCAGCUUCAAACCGGAGGGAUGGGGCGGGGGCGCCGGCGCGGUGCCAUCGCCGCCCAGCCGUGCGCAGCCGACGCCUCCUGCCGCCAGCGCGAGCGACGGCGCCAACGACAGCGGCGGCGACAACCCGAACCCCAACGGGGCCAUCCACUGACAAGGAAGGAAGGAGAAAAAUAGUGGCAUCAAUCACCUGACCUGGGUGCCAUGGCCAGAGUAUAAGCCCAGAAUCUUUUCACCAGUAGUAGUAGCUACUAGCACCUGCACUGCUACAGUGCCAUUGCUCUGAAAAA